UUUGGCAUUUUUAAUUUGUGCUGGAGGGGUGCUACGUGAACGCGCCGAGCGCUCUCUCUCGCCCUGUGCGCGCUCCCGUCCGGACACCAGCUCGGAGGCUGCCCGGAGCUCAGAAGAGCCUUGGCGUGGGAGAGAGAAAGAUGGAGGCGCGGGUCGUCGGAGGGAGACUCCUGUGUCUGGCAGCGAUGUCCAGUGUCCUCUGCGUGGACACAGUCCUCGGCAAAUACGUCAAAGGUGUCGUGGACACCAAAGAGGACUGGGUUUUCCUCACUCGCUUCUGCUUCCUUACCGACUUUGGACGCCUGGACUUCCGGUUCCGUUAUCCGAAGUCUCGCUGCUGUCAGAACAUAUUACUCUACUUUGACGACGCUUCUCAGUGGCCAGCUGUGUACAAGAGGCCUGAAAAGAACUGCUACCAGAAGGAGGCGGUGCUGAGGCCUGAGAACAACCAGGUCAUCAACCUCACCACCCGCUACACCUGGUCGGGAUGUGUGGUGGAAGGAGACGGCGAGGAGGAGGUCCUGAGCUGCGUGGGCGGCCGUAGUUUUCGCUCGGUGAGGGAGAGGUGGUGGUACAUCGCUCUCAGUAAGUGCGGGGGCGAUGGCCUGCAGCUAGAAUAUGAGAUGAAACUGACCAACGGCCAGUCUUUCUGGACGCAGCACUUCUCCGCAGAUGAGUUUGGAAUCCUGGAGACCGACAUCACCUUCCUGGUCAUCUUCUCCAUGGUGUUCCUGCUCUCCUGCUACUUUGCCUACAAUUUGAAGGGGAGACAGCUUUUUCACACAACCUACAAAAUGUUUAUGACGGCUGCAGGUGUAGAGGUGCUCAGCCUCUUGUUCCACUGUGUCUACUGGGGCCUCUACGCACAGGAUGGAGUCGGCAACGGCAGUCUGAAAAUACUCGGGAAAUUACUUUUCUCCGUCAGUUUCCUGGUGUUCCUCCUCAUGCUUAUACUGUUGGGCAAAGGUUUCACUGUCACCAGGGCAAGGAUCAGUCACAGCGGCUCAGUGAAGCUGAGCAUCUACAUGACUGUCUACACCAUCACCUACGUCAUCCUCUUCAUCUACGAGGCUGAGUUCUUUGAUCCGGGAGAGGUUCUGUACGCCUACGACAGCCCGGCCGGCUACGGGCUGAUGGGCCUGCAGCUGCUGGCCUACGUGUGGUUCUGUUACGCCGUGCUGGUCUCCCUCAAGCACUACCCCGAAAAGCAGCCCUUCUACGUCCCCUUCUUCACCACCUAUACCCUAUGGUUCUUUGCCGUGCCGGUGAUGGCUCUCAUCGCCAACUUUGGCAUCCCUCGUUGGGCCCGGGAGAAGAUCGUCAACGGCAUUCAGCUUGGCAUCCACCUCUACGCUCACAUCGUCUUCCUGGUCAUAACACGACCAUCGGCGGCCAACAAGAACUUCCCGUACCAUGUGCGGACGUCCCAGAUAGGGAUCCUCCUGUCCAGUCCAAAAGGAGGCGAGGGGGUGGAGAGCUUUCCUCACCAUGCCUACGGGAAUGGUUCCUUCCUGGGAGACUCCCAGCCCAACUUCACCGAGCUGUUCUCCAUCCAAUCAGAUCCCGUAAAGACGGUGGAGGAGACGGUGGCCCGAAAAGUCCCAGAGGUGCCAAGGAACAGCGAGCAGAAGAUCAUCACCACCACUGCCGCAGCCGACCUGGCAGCCAUUUUGCCGCCGCCGCCGCCACCACCCAUCCCGCCUCGUCCGGCUGCACGCUCACCACCUCUACCCGUCCGCCUCCCGUCCUUCACCGAGUACUUCAGCAUGCAGAGCGGAGGAGGAGGAGCGUUUGGAUCCAAGGCGUGAGAUGGCACCAAGGAAGAUGGACGAAGGAGGUCAAGAUGGUGUGAGUACAAAAUAAAAGACACAAGAGAUGGACAAAGAUGGGAAAUUGUCCUUAAGGAGCACAUGAAAUGUCCCGAUUGAUGGCAUGUGUAGAAGAAGCAAUAAAUAUUUGACCAGUAGAGGGAGACAGACGACCGAGUGGACGCGGUCGCAGCAAUAGAAUGAUAGCCAAGCAUAGCAGGGGGGAAAAAAUUUGCUUUUUCCACAGAUUGUAAAUAGCUUAAACCUGACAGAGCUCCCACUCUGUGUCAUUUUUCAUUUCGGUGCUGUAACCAUCAAAAACAAAAAUAAUGCCAUCACAUUUUACUUUUUUAUGUUUUGAUAAAAGCAUAGAUAUUUAUACUGUUAUGGAAGUGUGUUCAUUUAUAUUCUUAUGCGCCUUCAUCGCAGCUGGUUAUUCCGCAUUGAUUUGACGAUGAUGUGUAAAUGUAAAUCGUCUCUUACGGUACUCCUUAGAAAAAUGAAAAAAAAAGGAAAAAAAGCAUGUUUGUAUUGUAAUUCCCAUCCAUAAAUCCGCUCCAUGCCAUAUUAGCAACAUGCAAUACACUUCCAUUGUUCUGUCCAGGAUGACAAUAUAAAACUAGCUUACUGAUACAAUAGCCGCCUAAUUCUGUCUGGAAUGUUGCUUUUAGGGCGUGGAGACGUUUGUGAAUGUACGAAUGCGUAACGGCACAAGGACACAGGUGAUGUGGAAGUUACUGGAAUCAGUAUUCUUACAAUAAUGAAGCCUUAAUUCAAACGAUCGCAUUUCUGGUCUUGCUAACGAGCUAACAUUAGCUAAAAGCCCCAAAGAUGUCACUUUAUCCCACAAGUGGCCCUUGAUAUUCCCAAGAAAAUGAGCAUAGCAUAAUAUUUAAUGUUUUAGUGAUUAAAAGUGUUUGAGUCUGAGCACUACAAAGCUCUUUACUAAUGGCGGCUAAUGCUAGCGAGUGUAGCAUCUGAAAAUGUCAGCUAAAAUCAAAUGAUACUGUUUUUUGGACUUAAAAUCCAUUAGAUAGACAAAUAAAAUUCAAAUAUUAGCUUGUCUGGCCUUGAAGUAGGCAGAGUGUGUCGUUUUAAGUGUAACAAAAGGCUUUAGAAUGUCUUGCGUGACUUAGUGAACCUUGUCUUUCAUUUAAAAACACAACAUAAGCAGGGCUCCAGACUACCUUUUUUUACUAGUAGAACAGUGGCCCCAAGCUUAAAAUUUUAGGAGAGCAAGCAGAAAAUGUAGGGGUGCACACCAAAAUAUUCAUAUUUACUCUCAUUUUCACUGUAUUACUGGUAAAUGCUCAAACAAUAAACGACAACAAACAAAUGUUAUACUAUUUGACACAAACCUGAAUUUAAUUUGAUGCCUGUUUUAGAGUAAUACUAAUACAUGGGAAGUUAAUUGUUUAAUAAUGUAUUAUUUUGUUUAAAAUAACACAAUCAGCAUAAUGACAUAGCAAUUUAAAUAUCGUUCUUAUAUAAAUCUGCCAUGCUUUAUAUAAAACAGUAUAAAUUGAGUGUCCAGGUUUAUUAUAGAGCAGGCGUAUCCAACUUCCAGCACUAGCUAUUUGUGUUUUAUGUGACUGUCCACUCUAACAGUGCGCUCAUGUGUCAUUAGAUACAGGCAUCAUGUCUGAAUUGAACAGUUAUAAUAAAUACUAAGAGUAGAAACAAACAUUCUCUGAUGAGCUACUCAACUGAUCAGUUGGCGAGCUACUGGUAGUUCAGGAGGACACACUACGUGUUUAUGGUGGACAACUUGGACACACAACUAGUGUUUUGAAGACAAGAGAUAAUUGUUAUAAUGGUAACGAGAGCAAGGUUGUUAAGUGACACUUUUAAAAAGUAAGUUAGCAUGUACCCCAUGAAUGUGAUAGGCAUCGUAGCUUCCCUGUGGGACAAAAACGGGCUCUGUACGAACCGCAUCGCUUGUUAGUUUUAAAGACAACAUGUCACUGUGGUUUAAAAAAAAAAACAAAAGUCACAUUUGGAGUCCGUAGACCACAGACUAGAUGGCUAAUUAUAGCAAGCUAGCUAGCUAGCUGCCGCCAGAGAGACAGUGGAGCCAGGCAAAAUGUGUAAACAAAGAUGGUAGAAUAGUCAAACUGCAAUGCGAGUCAAGCGUGAGCGAUUACACACGCUGGCAUCGAUAGGCUUAGACUGUGACAAGCUGUCGUCAAUUCACUCCACAUUUGACAGACUAUUUUUCAUUCUCACGGUAAUACGGGACGUCCCUUGUCUACACGUACGUUUAUUUGUUCGCACAUGCGCGAGUAGAUGAAAAAUUAACUCGCAAUGUCUCAUAAUUUAGUCGAAAAUGCGACCGUUUAGUCGCAGUCUGGAGCCCUGUUAAGUAUUUGUAAGUCUUCAAACUGAACUCAUAUUUCUGUUUUUCUAACAAUAAGCUAUUACAAAAAAAUCUGUUAAAAAAAAAAUGCCAACACGAGUGUACAUUUUGUGUGUCCUGCAUGGAGCACUUUAAUGUUCCUGUCUUGUUUAUUUGUGAUGACGUCACCCCAAGAGACUGCUUACUACCAUGGCUAGACGCCUAUUCCACGUGCAUACUGUACUUACAGUCUAUUAUUAUCAUGUAAAUACACUCCUGAUGUGCUACUGA